AUGACCGAGGACGAGAGACACGCAGAACCGGAAGCUACCGGUGUCCCGUCGGACACCACGGAACGACAAGUCUCCCUUUACCCUAUCGCGGUGGAGGGCAAAAAGUCCGACGACAAGGCGAGGCACGAAGCUGGGGAGAAAGAGCCAGUGACCGAGACUGGCCAGACGGCGAACCAAGCCCAGAGAUUACAGCAGACCCAAUCGUUGCCGCAACUGCAGCCAACGGACACGCAACCCGACAGAAAAGUCGAGACUGCCUGCGACAACGUAUUGGACUCGUUCAACAAUCAAAGGGUGUACAAGAAAUCAUCGCCGAACAACAAGCUCACGCUGUACUUGGUGAGCAGAGACCUGAUCGUCAGCGAGUCGAGGAUCGACAGACUGCAGGGCGUGCUAUUGGUUGAUCGUGACUACUUGCAAGACAAGAAGGUGUUCGGGCAAAUUACGUUGACUUUUCGCUACGGCCGAGAGGACGAAGAGGUAAUGGGAUUGAAGUUCUGCAACGAGGCGGUGAUGUGCCUCGCGCAAUUGUAUCCACCGUUCGCCGGGGCCGAUCAUCAGGAAACGCCGACGCCGUUGCAGGAGGCGUUGGUGGCGAGGCUCGGCCCGAACGCACACGCGUUCACGAUGGACAUCACACCGUUAGCACCACCCUCGGUGCAACUGGUACCAGCGAAGGAGUACAACGGGGCGCCAAUCGGGACCAGCUACGACGUCCGUGCUUACAUCGCGGAACGAGCGGACGAGAAACUUCACCGGAAAACCACCGUCCGUAUGGGGAUACGAGUGAUACAACGAACCACGAGGCCACCAUUGCCGGCCACAACGGUGUACAGUGUGCCAGUGUCCGGCAGUCCGUCCGCCGGCCACCUGGGGGACAAACCGUGUCGAACGACCAGGAUCACGUUCGCGGAGAAUGAGAUCGCCGAGGACGAGGAGAACGCCGGACCACACGCUGCGGUGGAGAAACCGUUUCUGUUCGUCGACGGUCGCGUCGGUCUCGAGGGGAAGCUGGAUCGCGCGAUCUACGCCCACGGCGACUCGAUCGCGGUCCACGUCACGGUCAACAACAACAGCCGAAAAUCGGUGAGAAGGAUCAAGGUGUUCAUCGUGCAACACGUGGACGUGUGCAUGUUCAGUAACGGGAAAUUCAAGAACGUGGUGGCGAUGCUUUCGUCGCAGGAGGGCUGCCCGAUAGGGCCGGGAACCACCAUGAAACGUAACUACACUCUGAGGCCCAUCAAAGGCUCGACGAAGAACUGGAUCGCUUUGGAAGACAGUUACGCGAGGGCCGGCGCCACUCUUGCCUCGACGGUCGUUUGCCCGGGAAACGGGCCAGAGGAACGAAACGUUUUCGCGAUAUACGUCUCGUACUAUGUGAAGGUGAAGCUACUAAUCUCGGCGAUGGGUGGGGAAGUGUCUCUGAAGCUGCCGUUCACGUUAACUCACAGCAACACGGACUCCGAUUUGGUUGGCUUUCCAUCGCCGAUGAAGGAACCCGCGAAAGUUCUCGGAAAGUCCAGCGAGGAGGUCAUUGAGUGUUCCGAGAAACAGGAGGAAAACAACGGGCACAAAUACAAGGGUUGCAAACUGGAACCCAUUAAAGAGAAAUCGAAGGAGUUAAGGGACGUCGACGUGGAUCUGAUAGAACACUGCGAGGAAGGUGACAGCACCUGA